AUGGCUUCCUUCAGUUUCAGAGAUUCUCUUCCUGAACGUACAAGUUCCGAAUAGCUCAAAAUGUUCAUCUACACGUUCGCACUGUUUUGGAUAGCAAUCGCCUUUGCCAUUCGUUACGUCUACUCAUACUGGGAUCGACACGGAGUACCGAACGUCAAGCCGCACAUUCCUUACGGGAAUUUGAAAAAAGUUGCCAACCAAACGGAGUCCUUCGGUGUCGCCACAAACGAGCUUUACCAGGAAUCCAAGGAGCGCCUGGUGGGGAUCUACCUAUUCUUCCGUCCGGCCAUUCUGAUCCGCGAUGCAAUCCUCGGUCAUCAGAUAAUGACGACGGAUUUCAGCUAUUUCCACGAUCGCGGUAUCUACUACGAUGAAGAAAGUGAUCCGUUUUCCGCCAAUUUGUUCGCGCUCCCCGGCAAGCCAUGGCGCAAUUUGAGAAACAAAUUCACUCCGUUGUUCACCGGUGGACAGCUUCGCAACAUGAUGCCCACGAUUAUGGAUGUUGGACAUAAGUUUCAGAAGUAUCUCGAACCAUCUGCCGAAAAGAAUGAAGUGUUGGAAAUGCGUGAUUUGGUUUCUCGGUGUGUCUUGCAGAUUAUUGCGUCGGUAUUUUUCGGUAUCGAAGCAAACUGUAUCCAGGAUCCAAACGAUUCCUUCAGUCUAACACUUCGAGAGUCUCAAGCGAAAGGAUUUUUGAAUAACGUUCGUUCCGCUGCAACGUUCGUUUGUCCAGGACUUUUAAAAAUCAUAAGAACAACCUCGUUGACUCCCGAGAUGAUCAAUUUUGUGACGGGCAUUGUGACGGAACAAAUCGAAUACCGCGAGAAGAACAACAUCACGAGAAAGGACUUUAUUCAGCUUCUGAUUGAUCUACGCAGAGAGGACUCUAGAAACAAUGAAGUUGUUCUAAGUUUGGAACAGUGUGCAGCAAAUGUGUUCUUAUUUUACGUAGCAGGUUCGGAUACUUCAACGAGUGCAAUAUCAUUUACAUUGCAUGAGUUGACCCAAAAUCCAGAAACAAUGAAUACACUCCAAGCGGAAAUAGACGAAAUGUUGGUGAAAACUAAUGGUGAGCUGACUUACAACGGUAUCAAAGAGAUCGCAUAUCUGGACCAUUGUGUGAAAGAAACACUUCGAAAGUAUCCGGGGCUUCCAAUUUUAAAUCGGGAAUGUACCAACAAUUAUGCCGUUCCCAAUUCAGACAUUGUUAUAAAAAAGGGAACUCAGGUUGUACUUCCGUUGCUUGCGUAUGGCAUGGACGAGCAGUAUUUCCCUGAACCUGAACGGUACUAUCCGGAGAGGUUCGAUAAGUCAACAAAAGACUACGACGAGAAAGCAUUCUAUCCAUUUGGAGAAGGGGCUCGGAACUGUAUUGGUUUCAGAAUGGGCGUGAUGGUUACCAAGAUUUGUUUGGUACUGCUUUUGUCCAAGUUCAACUUUGAAGCAACACGUGGUCCGAAAAUUUCCUUCUGCGCAACUACGGUGCCACUGCUACCGAAGGGAGGCAUUCCUUUGAAGAUAUCGACUCGUUAAGUGAAGCCCAAACACUUUAAUUUAUUAUAUAAGCAUAUUUGUCCCGUUCUUCUGAGUUUUUUGCUUUUUAAUGUUACAUAAUGAUUUUUAUAUGUUAAUACAACACUCAAAUAAACACUCAUAUGAUAAAUUA